AACUAAUCAGAGCGCUCAUAAUAGUGUUCAUGUGAUGCACGUGAUCAAGCCGGCAGUCAUGUGAUUAUUUUUUUCCACGGAUCAAAUUGUACACAGUCAACUUUUUCUCCAAACGAAGCACAUCAGAAUUGCAAGGUUCGUGGUUUUCUGAAUUGAGCGUGGUGCAGAUCAAGAAGGCGUCCGCGGCUCCGAGAGAGUGUGUGUCUACUGUGGUCUGCUACCGUAGCACAAAAACUUAACAUGUCAUCGUCCGAGCACUGGCGCAGACAAGGCAAUGAUGUUUAUGCCAGCGUGGAAGGAGGAAUGGCACCAUCACUGCAGAUUCAGAGAUUUCAGAAGGCAAUUCAGUGCUACCAGAAAGCAUUUGAUGUGGCAAAAACUGAGGCAGACAGUUCUUCAGCGGCCAAAAAUAUUGGAAGGGCGAGUUGGCGCUGUGCCAAGGUGCAUGCUGCGUCGGGUGCCUAUUUGUCACAGUAUUGCUACACGCUGCUCCACUUAUGCAAGGAAGCCUUGAAAAACUUCUCCUUUGCCUACAUACGUGGCUUCAAUGUGAUGCCACACAACUGGGUCACAGAUAUUUUGAGUUCCUGCCGAGCAUGUUGGGAAGAUGUUGCAGAAAACAUGCUCAAUGUCCUAGAUAUUGACCUCCGAUGUCAGGCAUUGUAUGACGUAACCAUGGCAAUAGAAAUUAAAGAAAUCAAAGGUGAAGCCUUUUACAAGUUGGCAGAGUGCCAUUUUCAACGGGGUAUUCUUGCUAUUCAGAACAAGGACUUCAAGAAGUGUUUAUGUGUGCUGCGUGACUGCUACAUGCCAUUGAAUGAGGCUGAGAGACUGAGUCAUGAUACGCACACGAAGUCAAAGGUAAAGGUCCUGGAGGCAGAUGUUCAGAUGCACAUGAGUAUGGCAGAGUCCAUGCAGGCCAGGCAGAUAGGCGAUGAGAUGUUUGAGGCUGUUGUAAGAAAUGAAGAGACACUGAAUAUAGACAUGGUGUGGGAGGUGAUAGACUGGUACAAGCAGGCAACACUCAGAACUAGGAAUAUCACCGAGGUUGAGCUGGAGGCGAUAGCAGUGAGUCGUAUCGGGCGCGUGUAUGAUCGGGUGUUGAAGUUGAAGCAACGAGCCAAGGAUUAUUACAAGCUUGCUGUAGAACUCGCUCACGCUAUGUCCCCACGCACAUUCGUACAGGAAGACUGGUAUAUAGAGGCAACACAGGUGCUAGCUAAGUACCAAUCAGAAACAGUGCAGUCAGAAGAAAAACAACAAAACCUAGAGAAAGCUGAAAUCCUGAAAGAGCUCACCGGAGAAAUGAAACAACUGAAGGAACUCGAGAAUAAAGACAACACAGAGUUUCUCACAUUCAUCUAUAAGACUUUCCCGCCUAAGAAGGAGAACCAGUGCCUCGUGUUGCCAACGUCUAAAGACGACGACUGGCGUAAAAAGAUGAAGAAAUCAAUGCAGAGGGCGGUCAUUCAUUACCACCCAGACAGCGUGGAUGAGAAAAUGCAUGGCAAGAAGUGGAAAGUGCUCUGUGAGGAGAUUACGAAGUGUUGUACCCGCCGAUACGAAUACAUGACUUGCCUGUUUGAAUGA